CGCAGUGGAACAUGAAUCUCGCCUCGCUGUAGCAUGGACACCCUGCAGUCUGUCACUACCAGACAGGCACAUGUGCGCACCUUUUAGGCGCGCUGGGUAUUUGUGUACACUAGGAUGUUGAUGUAAGGGGGGAAGAGGGCGGUGAAAGUGUGCCGGGUCGGGCCAGUGUCGGGCGCAGCUGCUCUCGCUCUAAGCUAAGCGCCUCACACGUGCAGAGAGGACUGUAGUGCGUAUCGGACGCGAUUGGAGACCCUCCGCGCACUUGCUGCCAGCUUUGGUGAUGCCAUGCCCAGGAACCACAGCGGAGACGAAGGCGGAGGCGGAGGUGGAGGCAGCGGGCUCUGGAUGAGAGCAUCACCCAGGCAUCAUAACGAGGGCUACGGCAUAAAAGAUGUGGAGUCCGGACGAAAGAUGAUGAUGAACAACGCGGGAGAUGGGUUGCUGUCCCCUUCUGCCAGCACCACAGCCAGCGGCGGCACCAACGCCGCUGGUGGACGCGGCUCGGACACCCUGGCAGGGAAGCAGGGAGCUCGACUCAGCCUCCUGGGAAAGCCGCUGGUGUACAGCGCCCAGAGCGGCCGAAGAAACGUGCGCUACCGGCGGCUUCAAAACUACCUAUACAACGUCCUGGAGAGACCCAGAACCUGGGCGUUCAUCUACCACGCUUUCGUGUUUGUCUUGGUUUUCACCUGCCUGGUCCUUUCUGUGUUCUCAACCAUCCCGGCUCAUCAGGACAUCUCCUCCAACUGCCUGCUAAUUCUGGAGUUUGUGAUGAUCGUUGUGUUUGGUUUGGAGUAUAUCAUACGCAUCUGGUCGGCAGGAUGCUGCUGCCGCUACAGAGGAUGGCAGGGCCGUCUGCGCUUCGCCAGGAAGCCCUUCUGUGUCAUAGACAUCAUAGUGCUGAUAGCGUCAGUGGCAGUGGUGUCGUCGGCAGGCAGCCAAACCAACAUGUUUGCCACCUCAGUCCUGCGGAGCUUGCGCUUCCUGCAGAUUCUUCGGAUGGUUCGGAUGGACCGAAGAGGCGGGACCUGGAAGCUGCUGGGAUCUGUGGUGUACGCUCAUAGUAAGGAGCUGGUAACCGCCUGGUACAUCGGCUUCCUGGUUUUGAUCUUCUCUUCGUUCCUCGUCUACCUUGUGGAGAACAAGUUCAACAAAGAGUUUGCCACCUAUGCUGACGCAUUGUGGUGGGGCACGAUCACCCUAACAACCAUCGGCUAUGGAGACAAGACACCAAAGACAUGGACAGGACGGAUGCUGUCCGCAGGGUUCGCACUCCUGGGUAUUUCCUUCUUUGCCUUGCCUGCUGGUAUUCUGGGCUCAGGCUUUGCCCUGAAGGUUCAGGAGCAGCACAGACAAAAGCACUUUGAGAAGAGGAGGAACCCUGCCGCCUACCUCAUCCAGUGUGUUUGGCGUAGUUAUGCAGCCGAUGAGAACUCGGUUUCCGUUGCUACCUGGAAGCCUCACUUGAAGGCGUUGCAUACCUGCAGCCCUACAAAGAAGGAUCAGGGAGAGUCCACCACCAGUAAAAUUCAUAGUAAUAAGCAGAAGCUACUGAGGAGUUAUACCACUCGGAAACAUAGCCAAAAGUUAAGCUUCAAAGAGCGUGUGAGGAUGGCAAGCCCCCGCGGUCAGAGCAUCAAGAACCGCCAGACAUCCUCUGUAAACGACCGGCGUUCUCCAGUGGCCGACAGUGGCACAGAGGGCACCAGUCCCGCCAAGGUUCAAAAGAGCUGGAGCUUCAACGACCGCACGCGCUUCAGACCUUCGCUCCGGCUCAAGAGCCAGUCCCGCUCCACCACUGACGCAGACUCAACUGUGACGGCGGACGAUGCCUUUGAUGAUAAGGGCUGCCACUGUGAGAUCUCUGUGGAAGACUUGCUGCCCUCCGUCAAGACCGUCAUCCGAGCUGUCAGGAUCAUGAAGUUUCAUGUAGCAAAGAAGAAGUUCAAGGAGACUCUGCGUCCAUAUGAUGUCAAAGAUGUGAUUGAACAGUACUCUGCCGGUCACUUGGACAUGCUGUGCCGCAUUAAGAGUCUGCAAACCAGGCUGGACAUGAUAAUUGGCCCACAGACCCUGUGCUCCCCAGCUAAGACCUUUUCCUCCCCGUCUUUGUCUGUGUUUUGCAGCCAGGGGAGGAAAAACUCCAUCAGGGGGGUGGAUCAAAUCCUCGGGAAGGGACAGGUCCCUCUGGAUAAGAAGAUACGAGAGAAGUUGCUGUCUGAUGGAGAUAUGUUGGAGGACAUGAGCAUGCUGGGUCGUGUCUGUAAGGUGGAGAGACAGGUUCAGUCAAUUGAGUCAAAGUUGGACUCUCUGUUGGACAUUUAUCGUCAGGUUUUGCGUAAAGGCUCCUCUUCAGCUCUCACUCUCUCUUCGCUACCCCUGUUUGAGCUGGAGCAGACCUCUGACUACAACUCUUCAGUCUUUAGUAAGGACCUCUCCAGCUCCACUCAGGUCAGCUGCGGUGGAGCGCUUCCCCCGAGUGGCUACACCACUCGCUCAUCAACCAACUCCCAGCUCUCCCAGGGAGGGCUUCACCUCAUUCUAGCACCUCAGAACGAACUCAACCUUAAUCUCCACCCCUCAUCGUCCACACCUCCCUCGGGCCUCGCAUCUUCCCCUUUUAGCCCCUCGCCACUGCCUCAUUAUCAUCCUCAUCUACAACAUCAUAAACAGGUUCAGGCCACAUCACCUGAAAGUGGCACUGACGAAGCUGUGGGGAGCUCCCCUACUGUCCUCACCCCGAACAGUACCAGCAGUUCUGGGGGCCGAGGAGUAAGAGAUGAAGGCUUUCCUCUUUUGGCAAGGCUUCCGCCGCCACCUUCCAGACAAACUGUUAGCCCUGGCAAACUGAUCCAAGCAACCUCUAGAGAGACUUCUCCUGAAAUUAAGAGCUUCUGCAGAGGUCUGCAUAGCCACACAGAAGACAGUAAUUUUGGGAAAGACCUUGGACUUGAGUUUAGAUUGAGCACAUUAGGGCAGCAGUUACAAGGGAACACUAAUGGUACUGGCAGGCUUAACUCAAAGGAAGAAGGCUCCUGGAGGAGGCAUAUGAGUCUCGAGCUGGAGCCACUUAUGCCAUCAGCACCAGGUUGUUGCUCGAGGCCCAUCCAUAUGGACCAGGGAAUGGGCAAAUCCAUGUCAGUGCAGGACCUGGUUCAGGUAGGUCCUGUUCAUGAUGCACACCAAAGCCACAGCCUCUCGUCUCCAAGCCCAAGUACAAGCAGUGACUCUCCAACAGGCUUCAACAGUUGUUGCCAAGACCUUGUCGGAGAGAGUGGUGGUACAAGAAGAGGAUGUUGGGGUGAGGAGGACCUCUUUAUCAGUGACAGGGACAUGGAGGGGCAAGGGUUUGACUUUUUGUCACAGGGGACAUCUGAGGCUCAAUCAUUUUCUUCUGAGCACCCAAGGACAGCAGAUAGAGCGAGGGUAGGGACCCAGGGCUCUAACCGGAGCCUGGCUGGUGGUCCAUCAUCGUCAGCCUCCACUGGCAACGUCGAACUGCUGAACAUGCCACACGUACGGCUAAAAUAGACCCACAAAACAUUUGGAAGAAACACAAAUCUCACCUCAGAGACAAUUUUUAUCCUUUUUUGGAGGUGAGAUUGAUGGAUGGGUGGGAAUUUUACAUGGGUUCUUGUCUUCUUUUGUUUAUUUUUAUCUUGGUUCUCUUGAUAAGAUUCCGUUUUUGUUUUUGUUUUUCAUACAGGCUAAUCAUGUUGGCAUGAGUUACUCUGUGUUUCAAUGUGUGUUUGAUAGAUCUGAGGUAAAAGAUGAAUGCCAGAAAAACGGAGAAAACAAUUUUUGAAUUAAAUGAAGUAAUGGCUGGGUCGAUGUGCUAUGUAGCAUGAACUGCAUGUUUUCAGUAAAGCACAGAUAAGAAACUACACCUAUAAGCAUGACCACCCACCACUUUAAUACUUUAUUUGGAGUUAAAAAGCUUGUUGUGGUCCAUGACAGCUGAGAAACGUGGACAUUUUAUUUUUUAUAAAUUCAUAUUCACUUUAGGAAGCCAGAUCUCUGCAAGUAACUGAUCUGACCUGUGUUCAUUUGGAAUACAGAAAAUACAUAUUUCACAAAAUCCUCACAUUUUAGGCCUCUUUUUGCAGAAAGUUCAUUGAACAAUCAAGUUAAUAAGUGUGCACAAAUAUGAUAAAAUGUUAGCUUUUUGUGAUGAUAAAAACUGAGACCAUAAAAAAAAAAGUGCAGCUGAAAAUUACAACAUUUCUGCUUUUGAGUGAAAAUCUAAAACAUUUCCUGGUGCAAAAGGGUUGUAAACAAGAAAUCUUCUCAUGGUCUGACAUUUCACAUUUAAAGACUUUUUCAACUAAGAGCAGGCCUGCGUUAUUGUUUUCUCAAGUUUGGCAUGGAUCAAUAGCAACUAAGUAUUUUUAAUAUUUCUCCUCUGACGUAUUUAUUUUUCAGUGGAAUUAGUUGGGAUAUAAGUGAAAAUACAUUGGGACGCAUUUUUGAAAAGAUUCUUCAUGGUCUAAUUUUUUUACAUCACAAGAUGUAAAAAAAUUACAUCUUGCAAGAUAAUAAGUAUGUGUUCACACAUACAAAGGCGAACACAUGCCUUUGUAUGUGUUCACUGUACAAUUUGUAAUGAGCAACUACUUCAGUAUCGCCAGAGCAAAAACUGAAUAGUAGUAACCAGGCCUUCUUACAUCAAAAUGUAAGAUCUGAUUUUUUUUAUAGGGAUUUAUUAGCUGUUUUUUUCUAAAAACCCGUCAUGAAUUAUUUUGACAGAGAAUUAAUUCAUGCAAAACACAGGAGCAGAACUACACAGACAAUCUCCGUAACAGAAGAACACACAAUCUAACUUCAUGCUAUACUGCCACUAUAAUUGUUAAUGUCUGUCAAUGUCUAAGCUCCAUCCUUCAUACAUGCUUUUUCAAAUGAGUGGGGGCACCUAGGACACUUGAAGUAAUUAUGCCUUGUCCAUUUUACUUCAGCUCUGUGCAGCUCCUCAUGAUGACUUAAAUGUCAUCAUUUCCUAAAGCUGCUGUGAAAAUAUACUGAAAGUAUGAUUUUAGGCAUCAAAUGCAUCCGUAUUUAAUUAAAAAACAUCUUUCAGAUAACAGUUUCACUUUUUUCUUUUCUUUUUGUAGAACUGCAACCUUUGUUAAAACUACACCUUUAUGGACAGGGAAAAGGAGCAGCUGCUUUUAUGACCAGAUAAAUGUUACACAGUAAGGAUGGUUCAGCAAUGGAGUGAAACAUUUGUUGAAUGUCAUUUUCUGGCUCACAACUUCUGUUAGAAAACAUUUGACCUUUUUAUUUCAGACACAAAUACACUUUAGCUUUUUGCCAUCUGCUUUAAACUAACUCUUGAUGGAGGCUAUUUUUGGCUUCUUGAACUGGACUUGAGAUCCGAAUGUGUAUCUUGUUGAUAUUAACUUGAGGUUUCUUGAACUGCUGAGCAGUGAAAAUACAACUUACCACUAUUUUUCCGUUUCUGUUGCGUUGAGUAGUACAAGAUGCAGUGACAAGGCCUUACUAUUUUUAAAAGUUUUUACUAAAGCAUCCAAAGCCUGGUUAGUUCAUGAUCACCUUGGGACAUUUUGUAGAUUUAUAUUAAAUACUUUGAACCAGGAUUAAAAAAUACAAUCUUAUAUCAUUUUUAAGUAAGCAAAAUUAAAAAAAUGCGUGUGCGUAUGAGAGUAGGAAGGACCAUAGCUUUUUAGUCUCAGUUUAACAGAGCAUUGCUUAUGUCUGAUUAUACUUAUCCUCUUAGCUGUAAUAUGGAUUUAAGCAAGAACUUGAAAGGCAAAAACGUGUCAUUACAUGUGCUACCAUUAAAGAAAAAUGAUCACCUCUUUGUAAAAAAAAAAAUAAAAAUUAGAAAUGCAGCUGCAUGAUCUUAUAGAAAAACCAAAGCCGCAAUUAUUACUUAAAUGUUGUUUCUAAUUUAAAGCACACAUUAUAUUUUUCUACUUUUUAAGCAUAGUAAAGAAAAGCUCACCAAUAUGACAGAAGAAAAAUAAAUGUGGAAUGUUUCUCACAUUUGCAAUUGGGCAAAAAUCAAAUGUUAAUUUGUUAUACUAUAUUGUUAGAAAUAAAGUAGAAUAUUUAUUGUUUCAGUUUACGUUUUAAUUUGGUCUUUCUAAUUUUGAUAGAUUCCAUUUUUUUCCAUUUUUUUUUUUUUUUACUGUGGAAUAUAAUGUUACUAGAUUAAGGAGGCAGUUCAGUAAACAAUGUCAGCUAAAGAAAAAACAUCCAGUUCCGAUAUCUGUAUGACUGAUUGGUUUGACCCUGAUUCAGAUUUAUCCUUUAAAGUUUUGGAAACAGGGAAUAGGCAUCAAGAAACUACAGCUUUCCACAAACCUACUAUAGUUAUUGGGCUCUCUGUUUUUUUUUUUUUUUUCCAUUUUGCUUUCAACAGUUCCUAGUUUUACUAAGUAACUAUUAUAUUAGAAAA